CGCCUGCGCACAGAAAUAGAAGAUGGCGGAGAGUGCGGACCUGAAGCAAAUGGUGAUGAGCCUGCGGGUGUCGGAGCUGCAGGUACUGCUGGGCUACGCUGGGCGCAACAAGCACGGACGCAAGCACGAGCUGCUGACCAAGGCGCUCCAUCUGCUCAAAUCCGGCUGCAGCCCCGCCGUGCACAUGAAGAUCAAAGAGCUCUACCGAAGACGCUUCCCCGCCAAAAUGGUCUCCCACUCGGAGCUGGCGCUGACCGGGCCGCAUCACCCGGCCUCGGUGGGCGUGGUCGGGGGAGGCGGGGCGGCGCUGCCCGCCGGCCUGACGCAGCUGGCGUACGAGGGCCACGCCGGACACGGCGGCGCUCCGUCGCCCGCCGCCUUGCUGCCCCUCUCGCUGCUCGGACCCGGGAAGCACGAGCUAUCGGGGCUGACGCACCACCUGUCCGCCUCGGCCGCGCUGCAUCCGGUCCACCCGGACGUCAAGCUGCAGCGGCUGCCUUUCUACGACCUGCUCGACGAGCUCAUCAAGCCCACAAGCCUAGCGUCAGACAACAGCCAGCGGUUUCAGGAGACGUGUUUCGCCUUCGCGUUGACGCCGCAGCAGGUCCAGCAGAUCAGCAGCUCCAUGGACAUCUCGGGGACCAAAUGUGACUUCUCAGUUCAGGUUCAGCUCCGGUUUUGCCUGUCGGAGACAAGCUGUCCUCAGGAAGACCAUUUCCCUCCCAAUCUCUGUGUCAAAGUCAACGGGAAGCCUUGCAACUUGCCGGGCUAUCUCCCUCCAACCAAAAACGGCGUAGAGCCUAAGCGGCCGAGCCGGCCGAUCAACAUUACCUCACUUGUCCGAUUGUCCACCACAGUCCCAAACACCAUCGUGGUCUCGUGGACUGCAGAGAUUGGAAGGAGUUACUCCAUGGCGGUUUACUUGGUGAAGCAGCAGUCCUCCACUGUGCUGCUGCAAAGACUGCGGGCAAAAGGCAUCAGAAACCCGGACCACUCCAGAGCUCUCAUCAAAGAGAAGCUCACAGCGGACCCUGACAGUGAAAUAGCCACAACCAGCCUGCGCGUGUCACUGCUCUGCCCGCUGGGGAAGAUGCGGCUGAUGAUCCCGUGCAGGGCGCUGACGUGCUCCCAUCUGCAGUGCUUCGACGCCACGCUUUACAUUCAGAUGAAUGAGAAGAAGCCCACCUGGGUUUGUCCUGUCUGUGACAAGAAGGCCCCUUAUGAGCAUCUCAUUAUCGAUGGACUUUUUGUAGAGAUCCUCAACAGCUGCUCAGACUGUGAUGAGAUCCAGUUCAAGGAGGAUGGCAGCUGGGCCCCCAUGAGGUCUAAGAAGGAAGUGCAGGAGGUCUCGUCAGCCUCCCUUAAUAACGGGCUGGACGGCUCCUGUCGGACAUCUGAGAGCUCAGAUCAGCACAGGUCCUCGUCCUCCAGCCACAGCGACAGCAGCAACAGCAAAAAAGUGGAAGUGAUCGACCUGACACUCGACAGCUCCUCGGACGAAGAAGAACCAGACUCCCCCCCGCCGCCUCCUCCUGCUCCUGCUCCUGCUCCUGCUCCAGCACUGCCUCCUCCGGUUAAAAGAGCGUGUCCAUCCCUGUCCCCCACCUCGCCGCCCGUCAUUAACAAAGGGGUGCUGAACCUCCAUCACCAGGCCUCUCCUGUGAGCCGCACCCCCAGCAUGCCAGCCAUGGACACCAGCUACAUCCCCCCGGUCCCCCCGCUCAUCCAGGACUACAGACCCUACUACCACGCCCCCAACGACCUGUCAGAGUUGAACUUCUUCUCUUUCCUCCAAGGAGACAAUCAUCAGCAUUACAGCAUGGUGAUGGCCGCGGCGGCAGCUGCCUCGGCCUCAGACGACCACGAGCUCCUUCUCAACCGCUUCCUGCCCUACAGCACCUCCUCGUCCGCCUCCCAGCUGUUCCUGGACCAGUCGGGCACCCCCUCAGCCCCCUCGCUGACGGCGCCCACCAACGGGGUGAGCAGCACGGUCGCCGGCAGCUUGGUCUCAUCCAGCAGCCUCCGAGACACUCUCUCCAGCCACUCGUCCUCGCACGCAGCCUCGCACCCCUCACACGCACACCCCGGCGUGGCGGCCAGUCGGAGCAGCGCCGAAGCAGCGGUGGCAGCCAUCUACGGCGGCAUACCUGACGUCAUAUCGCUGGACUGACCCCCCGUUAGGGUGCUAGAGACUCUGGGCCGAGCUUGAGCGCAGCAGCUCAGCCCGACCCCGCGCCGACUGCCGGGUAACGUUUUGAUCCAGAGAUUAGACCGGCCCCACGUCAUCGAACAGUCCGUCUCUGGAGGCGCGCUGUGGAAACUGCUUUGGAGAGGAGCACUAGAUAUCUGAGGGGGUAACAUCACUUAUCGGGGACAGAUGUGGACAGAUGUUACUGACCUCAGAUAAGAAAUCAGUCCGGCGUUUGGACCACAUCUGUUCUUUACUGGUACCAACGUGGCACAGACUGCAGAGAUGCUGCCUGAGCUCUGACGCGAGGUCGGAAGGUUCUUUAUUGUGUUGUUUUUACUAAAACGAGGCGCGGCGCCGUGUACAGAGAACAAAAUCUAUUUUCCUCUUUUACUUUUGUAUGGUGGGAACACUUUCAGCGCGGUGAGCCGCUUGUGUCGCCGUUUCCAGGUGAAGGACUGGAGCGACUCUUCUUUCCUCACAGAAAAGCUGAAACAAACAGCUGCUGCCAUGUUAUCGUUGGCGUCCUUUUUCUCCUCUUUUUAAAUUCCCACCCGCGUCCCCCCCACAGCUAAGUUCCCUCCACGUUCCUCUUUUACCCCUGGAGCUCACGUUCAGAUCGGUUGUGUGUUUCUUCUCUAAUGAAGCUGAAUUUACAGUUGAAUCAUCUUGUAGUAGUUUUAAUAUUCGUUUAAGUUAUGUAUGCUAUUUAAACAGUGAAAUAUGCAUUCCCUUUCACUUUCAGGUUGAUGCGGUGGGGGAGUGUGAAGCAGAAAUCCUCCCUUUCCUGUAAUUCUAUUUUUUUUUUUUUUCAAUUCCACUUCUUGUAAAGAACCUGCCGGCGUACAGCAUUUAAACUGUUGAAGCUAUUUAUACUUGCCAAUUUAGACUUAUAGCUGGAAGAGGUUGUAUUUUUUUUUUUUUUUUUGCACAAUGCCAAAAAGUAGGUACUAAUGAAAGUGAUGUGAGUGCUGAGGAAUGUGUGUGCCAGUGUUUUGGGUCCGUUUCUCCGGGUUGGUCGUGUUGCUCCGCGUCUCCGCUGACUGUUAAAAAGGACUUUAAGCGAUUAAGCUGUCGUAGCAGCGUCAGGCCUUUUAAAGACACAGGCGCCCCGCAGCGCGUGGCCAAGCUUAAACCAGUGCCUGCUCGUGUGCGUGCGUCUGACACAACUUUAAAGUUACGUCUUAAACUCUUCACCCUCAACUUCCACGUCAGACAUUCGGACUUAUAGCUGAUGUUCUUACCCGUCUACGGGAGCUUGGAUAACUCAAUAGGUGGAGAAGUCUUGAAAAGGGAAAGCGACGCAGGCUCUGCAGAGAAUCGGAUAGUUUUUAAUUAAAAAAAAGAAAAAAAAGGCGUGGCCUGUCUGAGGAAAGUGUGUCGGAGCGAAGCGCUUCGCUCACGGUCGGUUCAUGAAUGUACGUUUUUCUAAAACUACACACACCUUCGUUGGUCUUGAUCAAAGCUUUGUCGGAGAGCUCCACAGAUAUGACGGCCCUCCCGUCCCGCCGCCCUUAAAGGUUCCCGCUGUCUGCUGUCAUGAGCGUCUCUCUGACGUCCUGCUUCCAGGCGCCGGAGACAGCCAGUGCCUAAUUACCCCAGCCAUCAGGAGAUAACGGACUCUGACAGCAGCAGCUCCCUUCCCCUUCCCCUCACGUCUGCCGUCCCGUUCCUCGAGAACCGGCCGGGAUGUGACACGUGGUGACCCCCCCCCCCCCCUCCACAUGCCGUCUGCAGCUCCAUUCCCCGUUCUUCUCAUGGGAACCAGCUCCUGCGUCUCUGAACGACUGCGUCAUCUGCUGGAACAAUUUUACCUUUUAGCGUAUUUCCUGUGUUGUGCAGUAUUUUAUUUAUUUUUUUUUACCCUCGUGUCGCUGUGUUGUAUUUUUUACUAAUUGCUCAGUGGCUGAAAGAGAGUGUGAGUCACUGUCAUGUGGGAGCCGGUUGUGAAAGGAUUUUAUUUAAUAUGCGUUGAAUAAUUAUUUGCCAGCAGCAAGACUACUCAGAACGUUGUUGUGGUGAUUCUCCAGAGGGGGAAAUGCCACUGUGCGUGUUUUUUGGUAGCAGACUCUGGUAAUCCUUUUAAAUGAGGGCACAAAGCGAAUGCUUAAUUAAUCCGUGCGUGAUUAAUUAUUUCUUUGAAUGAGUCGUUUUUUUUUUGUGUUGUGGAAUGCAGACAUGUUGAAAGGAGUGCAGCCAUGGAUGCUGCCUUUCUGAGAGAUGCAGGACCAGAAACCCAGCAGAUAUAGUCCCUGAUGAUUAGAAAGGACAGAGAGGAAGCCUAGAGUAACACAAGCCACACCGUCUGGCCGUCUACCCCCCUCUAGCGCCACCUAUUGCUUUUUCUAUAUUAAUGCUGUUCUGAAACUGCAGCGGCAAAAUACAAGCAGGAUCUCUCUAAAGCAGAAGACUGCGGGCUUGUUUAACCCAUUAUUAUUAUUAUUAUCAGGUUAUUCCAAAAAAAGUUAAGAAACAAAGCAACUUGACUUGUUUUUCUUAGUUGAAGACGUUUCUCUUCCUCUCCAGGAAGCUUUCUCAAUUCAAAAAGUCUGGAGUAAAGGUUAUACUGGUUAUCAGUAUCAAGUUAUACUUGCAACUCUAUAAAGAAUAAUGUCAGAGAGGUAUAAUAUGCUGUGCACAAGCACUUCAAAAGUAUCUCUAAAUUUAUCUGAUAUUCAAUGUUUUUGCUUAACCAUAUAAUGCUAAAUACAUCCUUUUUAUAAAACAUUUCUAGGAUGCCUCCUCUUUAAAGAGGUUAGUAUUUGUUUCUCAAAAAGAUGCUGGAUUGAUCGCUGUAUUUAUUUCCUACCCCCUAGUGGAGGUUCUGGGCAUUACAGGUGGCCUGUUCCAGUUCUUUCCAGGAGUCCAAGAUGUUUGCACGCACCUUCUAGUUUUUAUGCCACACAAAGUUGUUUUCUUUGCAGCAGUUACAGGAAAUGAUGAUGAUAAUUAUUGAUACUUCAGAAAAGUCAACUUUCAAAAAGCAGCACAAAGAUAAAGCACUACCAUGCCUCUAGAAGUAAGGAUAAUUUUCCAUCUAGGAUACAGAUAUUUUUAAAUAUAUUUAACACAAUCCGUGUAAAAAAGCUUAAUGUGUUGAGGGGGGAGAGGGAGGAGGGAGGCAAAAUUGUGUUCUAAUAAUAUUAAAGAAAUAAUACAAAUCUAUAUUUAAACUAAUUUUUAUAAAUGUAUCAAACAACUAAUUUAACACUUGUGAUCCAAAAAAGGCAGAGAAAUUGGUUAGUUGUUGUUUUUUCUUAAAUGCAUCAAAUUAGUAGUUCGAUUGAAAAAAAAUGUAUAGAGCAAAUCAAAAUAGCAAUUAAUGUAUGCUGGAGAUAAUUGUAAUCACAGAUAUUGGCUAUAUUUUCAGGAAAAGUAGGAAAAUGUGUUGCUUUCCUGUUUUUAAAUUACAGCAACUAGUUAAUAUAUAGUUAAUAUCGGUCAAAAUAUUGUGAAAACUGGUAUUUUAUCCAGGGUUAACAUCCUGUGAGAACCUCGUACCACCUGUCAGUGAACAUGGACCAGAUUAUCUGCUGUGUCCGGUAACCUCGUUUCACCAUCUGGCGCCCUCCGCUGACUCGGGCCUCGUCUGUCCUCCGCUCAGCAAUAAUGAAAAAUAUAUCGAGAGGGUUGAAAAAGCUCUCGCCUGCUUUUAAACGUGACCUAAAUAGCUGUUUGCAGUCGAGCUGAACUGCUGUUUGAAAACGUCCCUCUCCAUCAUCCCGUUCUCUCUCCGUUUGACCAUAUUAAAUGUAUCCUGAUGAUGAAGCUAGAACAGCGACUUUGCUCCUAAAUAAAACAUUUGAAAAGCAGCUUCACUGGCCUGGAAAGCAAAGCAGAGAUCCUGCGGGCAGCUGCUCCUGGAGCCGCAGGAUCAUGCCGGGUGGAUCAUUAAUCGCUGAUGUCAGCUCUUCAUUCACACUCGUUAACAGCUUGUGCCUUUAUCGUAAAGCGUUACCAGAUUUCUGCUGCUCUCUUUGCUCCCAGGCUGAACCCCCCCGUGUUUGGGGAACCUGGGCGAGGCCGUAACCUCCUGCUCCGUGCUUUCAGUGAUAUGCCUACGCUAAAGGGGACGAGCCAUCAUCAUCAAGGUGGACUUUUGUUUUUUUGUUUUUUAGCCUCUUCAGCAGUUCGGUCUGGAAAAGCAGCUCCGCUCUUCGAUCAUCCUCACCUUAACUAAAAGGGAAAAGUGUUUAUAUUCUGUAUGUGCUGAACGUCCAGAUCCGAACGGGGAGCUGCUCCACAUCCGCUCGUGUGUUUCCUGUUUGUGUGCAUGUGUGUGUGAGUGUGUGUGUCUCUACAGAGCGAAAGGAAUAAAAUAAUUUAUAUAUUUUUUAGAAAAUGAAAGCUGUAAAAAGGAAAAAAAAAAAAAAAAAAGACGACUGUGGCCAAUAAGAGUCUCACACAGCAGAAAGGAUCUGUUCAGACGGACUUGAGUCGGCAUCUGCACUCACUGCCUUAUUAACAAGUUUCACAGCUCCGGUCUGAGGGAAAAUAAAACUUGUUUAAGAAAAAAAAAAAAAAAGCAAACAAAAAAAAGGCUUUUCGUGGAGAGAGAGAGAGAGAAAGAGAGGAGAAGACGGUGUACAGUAGACCCAUGUCAGUUUGUACAAAUAUACCAAGUGAAAAAAAAAUAUUUAUUACCUGCAUUGGAAGAAAUUGUUUACUUAUUGAAUGUUACUUGUUUAUGUAGAAAAGUAGAUGUAAUAAAAUGCAUUCUGCUACA